CUUUCUACAGUGGACCUGUCGCACUCGAUAUUUAGCAUAAAGUCUGCCCCGCUCUGUAUGGGGAUCGAGCUUUCCCUCUUCGAUUGUCUUCAUGUCUGACUGCAUUGAGAGAAGGAAACUGACGCUUUUUUACUUUACAGCCAGAGGAACUUUCUACAUGUCAGCAACAUCCCUCUUGGACAACGAAUAACUCACACCAAGCUAGUCUAUCCAGGGAUUAAUUUAACCAGAGCGGGAUUUCAUAGUCUGUCGGCCGGGGUUAUGGAUUUUAACCUUCUGACGGACAGUGAAGCCCGUAGCCCGGCGCUAUCGCUCUCGGACUCCGGGACCCCUCAACAUGAUCAGGGAUGCAAAGGUCAAGACAACAGCGACACAGAGAAAUCCCACCAGAACCAGACGGACGAGUCCAAUGCUGAAGACGGCUCCCUGAAGAAGAAGCAGCGCAGGCAGAGGACCCACUUCACCAGCCAGCAGCUCCAGGAGCUGGAGGCCACCUUCCAGAGGAACCGUUACCCAGACAUGAGCACACGGGAGGAGAUCGCUGUGUGGACCAACCUCACAGAGGCACGCGUCAGGGUAUGGUUCAAGAACCGCCGUGCUAAAUGGAGGAAAAGGGAGAGGAACCAACAAGCAGAGUUGUGCAAAAAUGGCUUUGGCACCCAGUUCAAUGGACUAAUGCAGCCCUAUGACGACAUGUACUCGGGAUACUCCUACAACAACUGGGCCACCAAGAGCCUGGCUAGCAGCCCUUUGUCAGCCAAAAGUUUCCCUUUCUUCAACUCCAUGAAUGUAAGCCCCUUGUCCUCCCAGCCCAUGUUCUCCCCUCCCAGCUCCAUCCCCUCCAUGAACAUGGGCUCCAGCAUGGUGCCCUCAGCUGUGGCUGGGGUGCCCGGUGCGGGCCUCAACAACCUGGGCAACCUCAACAACCUCAACAGCCCCACGCUCAACUCUGUGGCGGUGACAGCGGCCACCUGCCCCUAUGCCACUUCGGCUAGCCCCUAUAUGUACAGAGACACCUGCAACUCCAGCCUCGCCAGCCUCAGGCUCAAGGCCAAGCAGCACGCCAAUUUUGCAUAUCCGGCUGUUCAGAACCCAGUGUCUAACCUAAGCCCAUGCCAGUAUGCAGUGGACCGGCCAGUAUGAAGACAGACCACAACCUCCAACCCCCACCCCCCAGUCCUAAAACACCUACCUGUAUUCUCUCCCCCAAAUCCACUUCCCCCACUGCUCCCAGCUAAUAGACCUUCUCCUGUCCCCCCCAUACUACAUCUAUGAAUCUAAGAAAUGUGUUACUGCGGUAUGGACUGACUACCAUGAUGUUGUUUGAGGAAAAGGGGUGGUACACAACAGGAAUAAGCUUAAACAGAGACAAAACUAUAUUCCCAGAUGGACCACCACGCUUCAAAGAACUCUCUCAAAUAAGCUGAGACUUUGUUGCUGAACCGACCAACUGUUAAAAUGAGGAUUUCUAAGAUUAUAUCAACUAUAAUUGUUUUGGACUGCAUGACAAGAGUGAAUUUAAGGAAAACAAAGAAAAACCUGAAUGCUGCAACUGCACUGGUGGUCAACAUCUUGGCCAAAAGGAAAUCAUUGUUGAAGCUUUCCACCACCAUCGCAGGAAAAGGGACCUGUGGUUGCAAUAUGGGGAAAAGAGGAUGUAUAUAAUGGACUUUUUUCCGUUUUGUAUGUGACAAAACUAUCUAUGAAAAGUAGUUAUUUGAAGAUAAGAAAAGCAUGUUCUUCAAGAGCAUAGAUUGAUGUACUAUGAGAACCUUCUUUUGGAAUUUGAAUCUUUGUUAUGAAUUUCACUAAGUUCAGAAGGUCCAGGGUCAUAGUUCACAUCAGGAGAGAUAGGAAAAGUAGCAGGACGUCAUUUCAGAGAGCACAAAAAAACAGUUAGACAAAACCACCACGGUUUACACAUCUGUCAGAAUAUCAGAACCUUUUUAAAGUAACCCCCCAAAAAGCCAUUGAAUAUAUAGAUUUGUGUGGUGUUAUAUGAAGGGAGUCCAUUACUGUAAAAAUGUAUGUAAGAGUGCAGUUGUUAUAAAACAAGCUUUUUUUGGUGUAGCCUGCUUUGUCUCAUUAAAAUGAAUAAAACGGAUCUGUUUUUAUGAACAACUAAGACUGCUAUUUGAGUAAAUACUGUGUAAGAAACAAUAAUUAUUCUUGCUUUUUGUCUUCUCAUCAUCUAUGGCCCAUGACAUUUGACAAAGUGACACAGACCUACACACAAUGUUCUCUGGACAUGACGGCACAACACCAUGGAAACGCCAUCUCAACUCCAUGGCAACAUUACGCAACAAGGACAUGGGGAGAGAGAUGUAGAGAUAUAGAUGUUCCCGUUGGCUGGUCACCGAUAUGUUUGACCUACACUCUUUGAGCAGUAGCCACAGUGCGGUCCCCAGGCUAUCCCGUAACAGGGGAGGAAUUCUCAAGCCAUGCUUCAGAUGGUCUGUGGUCAAUGCCAACAUUACGUAAGCGGUUGGGAGGUGUCCCUGUAGACCCCUAUCUCAGGGGACAAACGCUCUAUUGCCGAGCGGGGGCACUUGGCACUGAUGGUGAUAUUUUACAACAAUGUUGUUCUCAUUUUCUAGUUUAGUACCAAUGCAUACUUUUCCCAAAAUCAACUGUCACUCAAAGAGCUUUAACAUGCCACCUAGAGAAUUCUAACAUUACGGAAAGUAUUUAUUUGUUAUUUUCUCACAAAAGUUACGUGUUGGAAUGGAAUGUACUGUAGAAAGGGACUAAAAUAUUUUUUUCUAUGGUGCUUUACAUUAUUAGAUUAUUUUUAAUUGUAUGAUUUAACAACUAUUUUAGACAACCAUUUGUUAUUAUCAACCCAAGUUAAAAUGGCUGUCUAUUUGAAAGUUUUAUAGUGUUUUCACUUACUGCAAGCAACAUUUUUAUUAGCUUCUUAUCACUGUUUGCCUCUUCCAGUGACUAUGCCAGCAAUCACUUAUAUAGUCAGUGCAGUUUAUUGAAACUUCAUACUACUAGGUAAAGAGACCAAAGGGGCCAAUAAGGGACAAGACUUGGACCUUUGAUUAUGGUUCUCAUUUAUACAUUGCUUAUACCACACAAUCUUUUCUGGCUGGGUUGGAAUGUGAACCUUUCUACCUUCUGAACAUUGAAGCCUGUGUCUGACCUAAAAGCUACCACAGCUGUCCAACUGACCAGGCCUUGUGAACUCUAGACAACAAGGGAAAUAUUCUCCAUUCUGCAGUUUCAUUGGAAGGGAAUAGACAACAAUCAAUACUUUUACCGUGAUGGUUAAAAUAGAACGUAAACAAGCACAUUGCUGGUUAGUUUUGGGAUGAUCCCUUCCCAAACAGGAAUAGGCUUUAAUGUCAUUGUUACUAUAGUUAGAGUUGAGUACUGAACAAUACACUUCCCCAGUUCCUGCUCUACAUCACAGCAUGAUGCUUUACACAUUAUAUUUGACAGAUAAAUCAUGUGGAACUGGAGUACUGUACAAGGGGAGUACUAUUCUACAAAAGUUUGGGGAAAUACUUGAAUUAAUUGUCUUUUGCUAUGUCAUUUGCAUCUGCCCAUGUUUUUGCUCUGUACAGAAAUCUUCAUGCAUUGCAUUAAACAUGUUGAGUGAUAUUACUGA